AGGGGACGCGCUGCCGAGCCGGGGCUGGAGCGACGGCGGCCGCGGCGGCGGCGACGGGGCAGGGAGGGCCCCACGGACAGACGGACGCACGAACGGACGGAACGAAGAAGGAAAGGAGAGACUUGGCUCGCGAGGAGGAGCGGUGCGAGCGGCGGCCGCUGGGCGCUUCCCCGCGCUGCUGGGUGCUCUGCGCCUCCGCGGCCCCCGGCUCCCCGCGGCAGCUUCCUCGCGCGCGCGGGGCGCGGGGUGCGGGGCCCGGGGCUUGCUUCGCCGAAGGGGUCGCUGAACUAACUUCCAAGCUGGUGUGCGGGGUGGCAGAGCAGUGGCCGCCCAGGAGCUGGAGUCACCAUGGCGGCCGGAGUCGCAGCCUGGCUGCCCUUCGCGCGGGCUGCGGCCAUCGGGUGGAUGCCGGUGGCCAACUGCCCCAUGCCCCUAGCCCCGGCCGACAAGAACAAGCGGCAGGAUGAACUGAUCGUCCUCAAUGUGAGCGGGCGGAGGUUCCAGACGUGGCGGACCACGCUGGAGCGCUACCCGGACACACUGCUGGGCAGCACGGAGAAGGAGUUCUUCUUCAACGAGGACACCAAGGAGUACUUCUUCGACCGGGACCCAGAAGUGUUCCGCUGCGUCCUCAACUUCUACCGCACUGGCAAACUGCACUACCCGCGCUACGAGUGCAUCUCCGCCUACGACGACGAGCUGGCUUUCUACGGCAUUCUGCCAGAGAUCAUCGGUGACUGCUGCUACGAGGAGUACAAGGACCGCAAGAGGGAGAACGCCGAGCGGCUCAUGGACGACAAUGACUCGGAGAACAACCAGGAGUCCAUGCCCUCGCUCAGCUUCCGCCAGACCAUGUGGCGGGCCUUCGAGAACCCGCACACCAGCACGCUGGCCUUGGUCUUCUACUACGUGACUGGCUUCUUCAUCGCCGUCUCGGUCAUCACCAACGUGGUGGAGACCGUGCCGUGCGGCACGGUGCCCGGGAGCAAGGAGCUGCCGUGUGGCGAGCGCUACUCGGUGGCCUUCUUUUGCCUGGACACAGCCUGCGUCAUGAUCUUCACGGUGGAGUACCUCCUCCGGCUUUUCGCGGCGCCCAGCCGCUACCGCUUCAUCCGCAGCGUGAUGAGUAUCAUCGACGUUGUGGCCAUCAUGCCCUAUUACAUCGGCCUGGUCAUGACCAACAACGAGGACGUGUCGGGCGCCUUCGUCACGCUCCGGGUCUUCCGCGUCUUCAGGAUCUUCAAGUUCUCGCGCCACUCCCAGGGCCUGCGGAUCCUGGGCUACACCCUGAAGAGCUGUGCCUCGGAGCUCGGCUUCCUCCUCUUCUCCCUCACCAUGGCCAUCAUCAUCUUUGCCACUGUGAUGUUUUACGCCGAGAAGGGCUCCUCCGCCAGCAAGUUCACGAGCAUCCCCGCCUCGUUUUGGUACACCAUCGUCACCAUGACAACACUGGGAUAUGGAGACAUGGUACCCAAGACGAUUGCAGGAAAGAUCUUCGGUUCCAUCUGCUCGCUGAGCGGUGUCCUCGUCAUUGCCCUGCCGGUCCCUGUGAUCGUUUCCAACUUCAGCCGAAUUUACCACCAGAAUCAGAGAGCGGAUAAACGCAGAGCACAGAAGAAGGCCCGCCUUGCCAGGAUCCGUGUGGCCAAAACUGGCAGCUCCAACGCCUACCUGCACAGCAAGCGCAACGGACUCCUCAACGAAGCGCUGGAGCUGAUGGGCACCCCAGAAGAGGAGCACAUGGGCAAGACAACCUCACUCAUCGAGAGCCAGCACCAUCACCUGCUGCACUGCCUGGAAAAAACCACUGGGUUGUCCUAUCUUGUGGAUGAUCCCCUGUUAUCUGUACGAACCUCCACCAUCAAGAACCACGAGUUCAUAGAUGAGCAGAUGUUUGAGCAGAACUGCAUGGAGAGUUCAAUGCAGAACUACCCGUCCACGCGGAGCCCUUCCUUGUCCAGCCACCCGGGCCUCACGACCACCUGCUGCUCCCGCCGCAGUAAGAAAACCACACACCUGCCCAAUUCCAACUUGCCGGCCACCCGCCUGCGCAGCAUGCAAGAGCUCAGCACGAUCCACAUCCAGGGCAGCGAGCAGCCCUCCCUCACCACCAGUCGUUCCAGCCUUAAUUUGAAAGCAGAUGACGGACUGAGACCAAACUGCAAAACAUCCCAGAUCACCACAGCCAUCAUCAGCAUCCCCACCCCCCCAGCACUGACCCCGGAAGGCGAAAGUCGGCCAGCCCCUGCCAGCCCGGGCCCCAACACGAACAUUCCUUCCAUAGCCAGCAAUGUUGUCAAGGUCUCUGCCUUGUAAAACCACUGGACAGAGGGCCAGUGCAGGUAGUGGGAGUGAAGGGGGCUGGCAUGUCGGUGGGUGGCCACUGGGACCACUCCCUCCCCCUUCCCCACUAUUCCUGCCCGCCCCGUUGCGCCCCUAGCACUGAAACUUGUGCCUGGAAGAGAAGGAGGCAGCGAAGGGGCACGUGAGGUUCACUGCUGCUGGCGUGGACGCAGCCCUGAGCUACUGCAUCUCGCUGGGGCCAGAGGAAGGGAGGACGGGUGGGGGUAUGGAUGGGAUGUGGGGGUACAGGCUGUGAGCCAGGACAGGGCCCAGAGGGGGGGAGCCUCAGACCAAAUAACAGAUGUUUCUGGAGACCCCAGUGAGGAAAAUACAAGACCAAGAGCAGCACAGAGGCCGAGUUGUCACAUGCAAAACAGGAAGAAAAUAUAACACUGUGUAUUUAAGCGCCUUUUUCAAGGCUCUUAAUGGAUAAUAUUUAUCAUGGGAAAAGGUGGAAAACAAAAACACCAACGGAGUUUUGUGAAAUGUUUUUCUCCAUGGACCCAAUACCUUUGAACCAAAACAAUGCAUUUUGUGAGGGUUUUUGUUUUUGUUUUUUUCUCUCUCCUUUUAUAGCAAAAGCUUUUAGGCUAAGAAGUCAGUUACUGCUGAGUUCUCUCUCCGUUCCCCCAGGUAGGUGAGGUCAAAUGAGUCUGGGCCCCACUGCCCAGCCGACCUGCACAGAGCAGCCAAGUGACCACACAGCAACACUCACCCUCUGUCUGUCCCCGUCUGCUUUGUCUCUGUACCUCUCCGCUUCACCCCCUGGGUGUUUUUCUCUGUGUCUAGCCAUCUGUCUCGACAUGGACCCCAGUGAUCCUGAGACAUGUUAAAGAAGGCCUUCUCCACUGCCAAGCACCUACAGACUCAUGCCCGGGAAUUCUAUUUAUGUGAAUGCAGUGGUGGAGGAGAACAGAACAGAGCAAAAAUGGGCAUUUAGGGAUGAGGGACAUCUACCUUAAAGAGCAGAGUGCUUCCCUUGUGGCUGGAACCACUGGUGUUUGAAGUCUGCAUUUCUGGGGAAGAAAGGAAAUGACCAGAUUUAUCACAUUGGGAUCUUGAAAAAAGAAACAGCCAGCUCCGGAGAGGCACAGAAAAUUCCAGCGUGUGCCAGUGGAGAGAGAACAGAAGAACCCAGGGCUCCCAGCGGCAGCCGGCCCCUGCGGCACCUUGCUCUGUACCCUUCUUUCAGGACCCACCAUAAAGCCCAUUCAGAGCUCUGCCAAAAGGCUCCAUGAGCAGUUAACCGCCGAGAAGGCAGUGGUAUGGGGACCAAGCUCUGACUUAUCUCAUACCUGAGGCAACUCCCACGGAGGCUGCAGAAGGUUAAGUCUGUGUGCCUCACGAAGGAUUCUCCAGAGUGAAAGCAAGUAAGAGAUCAUAGAUGAUUCUUACGUGGUCUGAAUGGUGCCUUGGGGUCUGAAGAGUCUUCAGGCCAACUGUCCCUGAAGAUAACUGAAAUGGGGGAGAAGCCUGAUCACCUCCCUGAAAGUGAGGAAGUAUUUAUUUCCGGAGAACCUAGACCACACUUCUGUGCAAGUGGUUUGUAGCCGGGUGGGGCUGGGAACACUAUUUCUGGAAUCCAAUCAGUUUUCACUGCUUUUAGCAGAGCAGAUGGGCCUUGGGGUUAGUGACAAAGCUCUUACCACCCUUCCCAACCUCUAGCUAGCCUAUUGCAGUCUCUCUAACCUGGAUUCUGAGUUACAGGAGUUCCUCAGGAACUCUUUAUCCAUUCAACAACUUAGUGAUUAGCUGUUUAAUCGUAGACCGAGAAUUUUUCUGCCCACCAGAGGCAUCCAGAUGAGUUUCACUAGCCGGGAACCUAAAAAUUACCUUCAUUGGCUUCCCUAUGACCCCAGCUCUACUGACCCUGCAGAAGGAGAAAGUCAAAGGGUUGUGAGGUGGCACCUAACCAGAAGGUGAGCAGAAGGGCAGAGGAGAGGGAGGCUUCUACUUUAUGCUCUCCUCAUUGGUCACUGACUGGGUCCUUUCUCUGGGUCUGACCUCAAGGAUUUCCCCCUGACCUGAGAAUGGGGGUGAUUCUGGCCCUCUGAGCUCAUGAUAGAAGUAGGCAGAAAAGCUUUACAACUACAGAGGAAUUCGUGUGUAUACACAAACACACAACAACCUAAACACACUUGGGAAUAAGUACUUCAACCCAUUCAUGGCAUACAUAUGUCUCAUCAGGAAACGCAGAGGAUUGGGCUGGGCUCCAUUUAAAUGGCAGGCCAAGGACUAGAAAAGGAACUUUUCUCUUGAAAGAAUGGACAAAGUUAGGAAGGUCUAAAGUUUCUAAGUAUGUAUCAUGAGAACUGAAUGGGGUAAAGGAUAAAGAGGUAAAUAGGAGCAUGGUUACAUAUACAUACGAAUGAACUGUGUUUAAGAACAGAUCAUCACAAGGUUAGAAUAAUGACUGCUCCAACCUGGGACCUGUUUGGUAGUGUACUAGGGGAGCAUAUUAGUGGUUCCCAUAAAAAUUAAUGAAGAAAUUUUAAAAAUCAUAUCCCAAAUAAUUUCCUGUUGUUUUUUUGACCCUAAUGAACUGAAUGUUUUGUAUCCCUUAAAUUUCAUUUCCAAAUCUUACAUUAUACCAGGUCCUAGAUGACCACUAGACUAACCCCUUCAGCUCCAUCCCUCAGUAGCCUUAGCCAAAGAUGAGAAAUCCACUUCACUCAAGAAAACGGAAUACAGCCAGAAGGGCCACUACUGCUAAAGGAUAUUUGUAAGUAAACAAAAAGGCCAAAUGUGCCACGUCAGUUUAAUGUCUAACUCAAUGGCCAGUGACUGAAGAAAUGGGAUAUUAUCAGGGUUUCCAGGGGACAAUGGCUUUCUGGGGAAAUGACUUGAGCUUUCAUAGUUCUAUCAUGAACCACUUCAGCAUAAUAGAAGAGUCACAAAACUACCCAUUCAAUCCUAUUUAACAUUAGGGAAGGUUAAAAACAAACCAGUAGGCUACAUUCAAAUGAAUGGAAACUUAGAAAACAUGGAAUUAAGAGUAUAUAAAACUAGAAGAAAUUAGAGACUAUCUAAGUCAUUUUACAGUAUAGGCUGAUGCUAAGUGACCUGCUCGAGGUCAUGAGGUCAUUUAAUGAAAGGGCUGGGAUCAGAACCCAAAUCCCUUGAAUAUUAGUCUAAUGCUUUUUCCAUUACACGCAUUGCCUCUCAGCAACGAUGCUCAGAGAAGACCCAUCAGAGUUUACUUGCUAUAACUAGAGACAUAGUCAUGUGUGAAUGCCAAUUAUUACUUGGACACAAGCCCUUUGAAACCACCUGACUGUACCAGUAUAAAACAUACCUUGGAAACCACCAUCCGCUAGACAGAAUCAGCUAAGGACUAUCAGUUCUGUCAAAAGCAGGUGAGGAAGUGUACAGUCAUGUUUUUUCAGUCCAAUGCUGUCUUUCCAAUGCCCUCAAUGAAGAGAGAGCUAUGACAUUUUAAAGCAUACUUUAUGUAGUCUUUAAUCCUUUCUACAACCUCUGGUGGUAGUAGGUCAAGAACUAAAUCUUUAAUUCACAGAGGGGAAAACAGGCAGAAAGAAGCUGAGUGACAUUCAAAUUCACAUGGCAAGUUAGUGGCAGAACUAAGAUUGCAAUCCAGAGCUUAGACAUCUUGCCCUGGGGUUUUUCCCUUGACAUCAUCUCAGGCUUGCUUAUAUUUUUAAUACUUGGAUUUUCAGAAUCAUCCUGAGCCAGGACCUCCAGAAGCACACUGUGUACUAUUCCUCCUUCAUCCCUUCCUUUCACUACCAGUGUCAAGCUCAAGACUAAUUGCAUAGAAUCCUGUUCAGAAGACUAGAUAUUCUCAAUGAUAGUUGAAUACAUGAGUCUACAAUCAUACAGGAGGAUAAAGUCAGCAAGUAGAAAAGUGAAAGUAAGAAAAAUAAAAAAUUUGAACAGAAAUUAAAAUGGCCAGUUAAUGAUGAUUCACAAUUAACAAGCAUCAAUUCAUGGAUAUGCUUGAGGACCUGACCCAGUUUUCAAACGAUGAUUCCUGCAGUUCAAGAUCAUGUCACUUUUUAAAAUUGAUCUAAACCUAGAUGUUUAGGCUAUUAAUGAAUUCUAGUGAUCCAGGCUCCCUCACUUCAAUUACCAGGAAACUACAAGGCAUAAACAUCCUAACACUGUUAAUCUAAGGCAAUAUUAGUUUCCCUUCUCAUCUAGUUGGCAUGGUAACCAUAAGAGAAACCCAAAAGACUAUUUUCCCUUUCUGAUUUCCUUAUGAAAUCUCAGUAAAGCUUUAAAAUGAGUGAAAGAAAAAUGUUAUGAUCCGUCACCCUUGGAGCCCAAACAGCAUCAUGAUGAGCAUCAUUAGGACUAAGAGAAAGUGGAUCAGAAAAAGAAACAGCUUUAAAGGGGUUCCUUUUGAGUCCUGUUUUCAAUUCAGAAUGUUCUAUGUUUUUCUCAUCAAGUGUGGGAAUGAAUUUCUCUUAGCAGGUUUCUCAACUACACUGGCUGAUGUCACACUAACCAGUGUAGGGCACUGACCCAAGUCCUGGGGGGCUCCUUGGGCCAAUAGACUAUUUUACAAACCUGGGUGGUGGGAGGGAUGGUAUAUUUUUGAUAAUCAGACAUUCCAAUGUAAUGUUUUCCUUAGAGGUCACCCUCCCCCAUUAAUGUUAUCGUGAAAAACAUCAAGUGUGUUUUUUUCUAUUUUCAUAUAAUAAAUGGGCUUUGCUUACCAACAUCACAAUGGCAAAGAAGAAAUACUGUACAAAACUGCAGAAAGAUAAACAUGUGAAAUCUUUCUAUGGAAACAAACAAACAAAAAAACCAACUCUUGAGUUUCCUGUUGUCUUCUUUUGAAACUGUAGUGCAUAUGUUAAAAUGUAUAUCAUUUGCAGUAUUGAGUCAUGUGCCACUGCUGUACCUGAUGUAUCCAAUCUGGAUUAAACAAUGUGCCACAAAA